GCUGAAGAUGACCUAACUUUCUCUGAAGAAUCAGAUAUUAAUCGAACAGCCAAAGCUUUUGAAGAUCAGCAAUACAUAUUUGGGCAUUACAUUGAGAAACUUUGGGCUUAUUUAACCAUUCAACAGCUUUUGGAAAAACGGAAUUCAGCAAAGGGCGAUGAGAAGACUAAUCUUACUGCCAAAGCCCUGGAGAUGUCUCUGAAGUAUAAGUUUGUGACUCCUCUGACAUCCAUGGUGGUCACAAAGCCAGAAGACAAUAUUGAUACAGCUGCAAUUGCUGACAAGCCACUUGAAGCUGAGGCUACUCGACAAUUAGUACCAGCAUCUUCUUAUCCAUCGUAUUCCUCCUCAACCCCUAGUCACAGGUACACAAGUGUUGAUGGCGAUCCACAUUUCAUCAUAGACAUCCCAGAAAAAGAUGAUCAUCUUUGCUUUAACAUUUAUGAAGAUCCAGGGAAAAUUUUAAACUUAAUCAGUGAUCCUAGUACAGGCAUUACUGUCAAUGGACAGCUAAUUGGAUAUAAGCAGAGCAGGAAUGAUGUGCAGCCACAGAACAGUUAUAUCGGUAGACUUGGGAUUCUCAAUGAAGAACUGAAUUUAAAGCUUGAAGUAACUCCUGAGAGAAUCAUUCUGCACAAUGGCACAAAGCAGAUGACAUUCACAUGGUUGGAUGAAGUUACCUUACUAUAUCCUACGUCAGUUUUUUCAUCCAAUUAACUUUACCAUACUUGAGGUCCAUCCUGGAUCUACUCCAGAGAAACCAGAUGCUACCAUGAUUGUUAAAAAUAACCAGCUGACAGUCACCAGGGGAUGGCAAAAAGACUACACUGAAGAUUCAAAGCAUGGCACAGAUGUUCCCUGUUGGUUUAUUCACAAUAAUGCAGAAGGUCUGAUUGAUGGCACAUACACUGACUAUAUAGUCUCUAGUCUGUUUUAAUCAAACAGAUCUAAUUAUGCUUAUGGACUUUUGAAACAAUAAAAUGUUAUUAUUCCAUGGCAUUUGUGCCUAAUCUGAAAAAUCAUAAUUAAUUAUAAUUUCUACUCUAUAGUGAAAUAGUCCUAUACCAUU